AUGUGGUCUCGUGGGCUGCGAGCCUGCAGUGGUGUUGCAGGUGCCUGCCUCUUCACCGUGGGAAUAUCGGAUCUGUUGGGCCACACUCCGGUGAUGCUGCGGGUUGUGGCCAUGUUUGCCGCAGCCUUCUCCAUGACCGUGAACCCCAGUGCAGGAUACUUCCCCCCAGCAGGCGCCUUCUGUGCCAUCUAUGUGGAGAAAGUCGUCACGCAUGGUCUCAGGCCAGGGCUCGGCUAUGCUUUCUUCCCCUGCGGCGUUGGAGUGGCCCUGCUGCUCAUCACCACCCGCCUGGUCACCUUCUUAAUGGCACAUCCGCUCUGGAAGAUGAAGAAAGUGGCGAGAUCUUACAAGGCCGCGCGAAUGAUGCUGUUGAGGCAUGAGAAUUAA